AUGGAACAAAUUACGCGGCACGGAGAGCCCAAGGUGACCUGGGAGGAUACGGUGACUGAUCGACUGAUGCAAACAGAACCGGGACGUCUCGACGACCCUUUUAUUGACGUGGCUGUCGAAUCAGCUGCCCACACUCGCCACAGCAUCCAAGAAGAAGCAUCGCAUCGGCCAUCUACUUUCUCGCGCGGCACCAUCAUGUUUCUCAGUUUCUUUGCCGUUUUCCAGGUUCUGGCAUUGCUGGCACGCGUGGGAUCGGGCAAGGGGGUGCCGGAGCUGCGCAACGUGAUGUACCUGACGGGGCAGCAUCCAAACAUGCCGGUGCACUUGGCCGAGCAGCAGUCCAUCACGCACGUGGCGCUGGCGUUUAUGCCGUCGGGCCUGUUCAACCGCGACGACGACGACAGCGACCCGGACCGACCAGUGGAGUGGCCGCUCUUUACAACGGUCGACGCCACCCGCCGUCUGGUCAGCCCGACCACGAAAGUGCUCGUGGCCAUUGGCGGCUGGGGCGACACGGCCGGGUUCGCACAGGCGGCACGCACAGCAUCGGGCCGGCGGCGGUUCGCGCGCAAUGUGGCGGCCAUGGUAGCAGCGACGGGCGCCGACGGCGUGGACGUGGACUGGGAGUACCCCGGCGGCAACGGCGAAGACUACCGGCAGGUGCCCAACGACGAAAAAGCGUGGGAGAUUGGCGCAUACCCGCUCCUGCUCGGCGCGAUACGGGCGGCCCUGGGCCCGGACAAGUUGCUGACGGCGGCUGUCCCUGGCAAGCCGGACGACAUGCUGGCGUUUACGGCCGACACGGUCCCCGACAUUCUGGCGAGCGUCGACUUCUUGAACGUCAUGACAUACGACCUGAUGAACCGGCGCGACACGGUGGUGAAGCACCAUUCGGGUGUGGCAGACAGCCUGGCGGCCGUAGACGCGUACGUGGCGGCCGGGUGCGACGCGUCGCAGAUCAACCUGGGGCUGGCAUACUAUGUCAAGUACUACCGCACGGAGCAUGCGGCGUGCGUGGAGCAGGUACACAAGACAGGCAGCGCGGUCGGGUGCCCCACGUUGUUGAUGGAGGACCCGGACACGGGGGCCGAUUUGGGUCGCGCGGGUGCGUUCUCAUGGCACGACAAGGUGCCGGAAGACGUCAAAGACUCGUUCUCGCGGGCGCGGGCGCAUGGGCACUACACGGAAGCAGGCGGUGGCGGGUUCGGGUACUGGGACGACGAGGAGGACCUGUGGUGGUCGUUUGACACGGCCGACACGAUUGUGCAGCACAAGUUUCCACAGGUGCUGCAAUCGCGGCAGCUCGGCGGGGUGUUUGCGUGGGGGCUGGGCGAGGAUGGGCCCCAGUUCGACCGGUUUGCGGCGACAUCUCGAGCGUGGAACAAGGUGCGCAACGGCGGGUGGGAUGUCGACGUCGGUGGGAGUCCGCAAGACGCGCACGCGCGUAAGGGUAAUGACAAGAAGAGCAAGAAGCGCAACGGCAACAGCAACAGCGGCGUGACUCGCGACGAGCUGUAG